GAGGGGAGGGUUGGGAGGGAGCCAGCCCGCCUGAGUUAGCGGACCCCGUGAGAGUGACGAAGAUCUUGUGCGAAAGGCACUUGCGAAUGCCUUUCUCGCAGUUCCCGUUCCCGGAUUUGUAGAUUCUGCCGUUAGUCCUUAUGUAUUUGUUCUGGUAGUCGCGCGCUUCUCCUUCCUCUGCUUUUUUUUCUUUUUUUCUUGAAUCGGCUGUGUGUCUGGCAGCUCUUCUGCUGCAGACGCCUCUCAUCAAGAUGAGCGACGGACUCAAAGCGCCGGCUGCCGGCGUCGACAAGACCAUGACCGACCUGGAUGCCCUCCAGGCGCUCAACAAUGAAACCGUGGACCUGUGCAUGUGGAGCAUCUUUGUCGGUCGAAGGAAUAACUUUAAAGAAAAUACUGUUAACGUGUUUGACGUAUUUCUGAAAUGCCACCUGGUUAUUAAUGUAGGAACACAUUCCAGUUGAAGAGGUUUUCGAGCAAUUGAGGUGUACAAGAGCAGGUUUGACCGAUGCAGAGGGUGAGCAACGUAUCAAAAUAUGUGGUCCCAACAAGCUCGAAGAGAAAUCGGAGAGCAAAAUUCUCAAAUUCUUGGGGUUCAUGUGGAACCCAUUGUCAUGGGUCAUGGAGGCAGCUGCUAUCAUGGCCAUUGCUCUUGCGAAUGGAGGGGGACGGCCACCAGAUUGGCAAGAUUUCGUUGGAAUUAUUGUGUUGCUGAUCAUCAAUUCGACUAUCAGUUUUAUUGAAGAGAACAAUGCCGGCCAAGCAGCUGCUUCUCUUAUGGCACGACUUGCUCCCAAAACUAAGGUGUUGCGCAAUGGCACCUGGUCAGAACGUGAUGCCGAGAUUCUAGUUCCUGGUGAUAUUAUCAGCAUCAAGCUUGGUGAUAUCGUUCCCGCUGAUGCACGAUUACUUGAAGGUGAUCCUUUAAAAAUUGACCAGUCUGCUUUGACCGGAGAGUCACUACCUGCCACAAAGAAGUCAGGAGACGAAGUGUUUUCAGGAUCUACUUGCAAACAAGGAGAGAUUGAGGCUGUUGUGAUUGCUACGGGAGUACACACUUUCUUCGGCAAGGCUGCACAUUUGGUCGACUCCACUAACAACGUGGGCCAUUUCCAGAAGGUGUUGACUGCAAUCGGAAAUUUCUGCAUCAUUUCCAUCGCGAUUGGAAUCGUUAUUGAGAUCAUAGUGAUGUGGCCCAUCCAGAAGCGUGCCUACAGGGAUGGUAUUGAUAAUCUUUUGGUGUUGCUCAUUGGUGGCAUUCCCAUUGCGAUGCCUACCGUACUUUCAGUGACCAUGGCCAUCGGCUCUCACCGUCUCUCACAGCAGGGUGCCAUCACGAAACGUAUGACUGCUAUUGAAGAGAUGGCAGGCAUGGAUGUGCUGUGCAGCGACAAGACAGGAACCCUGACGCUGAACAAGCUGACUGUUGACAAGAACCUGGUGGAAGUAUUUACGAAAGGUGUUGACAGGGACAUGGUGUGCCUAAUGUCUGCGCGAGCUUCUAGGGUCGAGAAUCAAGAUGCUAUCGAUGCAUGCAUCGUUGGAGUGUUAGCCGAUCCUAAAGAGGCUCGUGCUGGUAUUCAAGAAAUACAUUUUCUUCCAUUCAAUCCUGUUGACAAGCGUACCGCUAUUACAUACAUUGACAAUGCCGAUGGCAAGUGGUAUCGAUCCAGCAAGGGAGCUCCCGAGCAGAUUCUAGAACUGGCAUACAAUAAGGAAGAGAUCAGCGCACGGGUUCAUUCGAUUAUUGAUAAAUUUGCUGAACGUGGGCUGCGAUCAUUGGCUGUGGCCAGGCAGGAAGUCCCUGAAAAGACCAAGGAAAGUCCUGGUGGACGUUGGGAGUUUCUUGGGUUGUUGCCUCUUUUCGAUCCACCCCGGCAUGACAGUGCUGAGACCAUCCGGCGAGCUCUCAACUUGGGAGUUAGCGUGAAGAUGAUUACAGGUGAUCAGCUUGCGAUUGGAAAAGAGACAGGUCGGCGGUUAGGCAUGGGGACAAACAUGUACCCGUCGUCUUCCCUAUUAGGAGCACACAAAGACGAAGCUAUUGCUGCUUUACCUGUGGAUGAACUUAUCGAGAAGGCAGACGGAUUUGCAGGCGUGUUUCCUGAGCACAAAUAUGAAAUAGUCAAGAGGUUGCAGGAGAGGAAACACAUAGUUGGUAUGACUGGAGAUGGUGUCAAUGAUGCUCCUGCUUUGAAAAAGGCAGAUAUCGGUAUCGCUGUGGCAGAUGCUACGGAUGCUGCGCGGAGUGCCUCUGAUAUUGUGCUCACCGAACCUGGUCUCAGUGUCAUUAUAAGUGCUGUGUUGACCAGCCGAGCAAUUUUCCAGCGCAUGAAGAACUACACGAUCUACGCUGUUUCUAUCACCAUCCGUAUCGUGCUUGGAUUUAUGCUACUGGCCUUGAUAUGGAAGUUCGACUUUUCACCAUUCAUGGUUCUUGUCAUUGCCAUUCUCAAUGACGGUACUAUCAUGACCAUCGCCAAAGAUCGCGUAAAGCCAUCUCCUCUGCCUGACAGUUGGAAGUUGAGGGAGAUUUUUGGUGUCGGUGUUGUGCUCGGCACCUACAUGGCAUUGAUGACGGUCCUGUUCUUCUGGCUCAUGCACGAGACCACGUUUUUCCCGGACCGAUUUGGGGUGAGAGAUAUAAGCGGUGACUUCAGCGAGAUGACAGCGGCCAUCUACCUGCAAGUCAGCAUCAUCAGUCAGGCCCUUAUCUUCGUCACUCGUUCCCGGAGCUGGUCAUUCGUUGAGAGACCGGGAGCACUGCUUAUGAUUGCAUUUCUUGCUGCUCAGCUGAUAGCUACAUUCAUUGCCGUGUACGCUAAUUGGGGAUUCGCGCACAUUCGUGGUUGUGGAUGGGGCUGGGCUGGGAUUAUCUGGCUGUACAGCACCGUCACUUAUCUUCCCUUGGAUAUUUUGAAAUUUGCUGUCCGCUACAUUCAAAGUGGAAAGGCUUGGGAUAAUCUUAUCAACAGAAAGACUGCGUUCACAACUCAGAAAGACUUCGGAAAGGAAGCUCGUGAAGCUCAGUGGGCUCUCGCUCAGCGAACCUUGCAUGGACUACAUCCUCCUGAAUCCAAGGAAGACCCUGCUGCAAGCGGCAGCGGUAACAGAGAGCUUGGAUUCAUGGCUGAGCAGGCCAAGAGGAGGGCUGAGAUUGCAAGGCUACGGGAGUUGAACACUCUCAAGGGACAUGUAGAAUCUGUUGUUCGCUUGAAAAACCUUGACGUUGAGAUGAUCCAACAGUCGUACACUGUGUAGAAGGUACUAUGGCACAUCGUCUCUUGUCAAUCAGGAAUAUAUGCUGGCAAUUCUUUGAAGACAUUGAUCACGGUUGGAAGACAUGGUAUAGAUAAUAGUUGUCUCUUUUGGAGUAGGUACAUCAAAUAUCCGCAUCGUGAAAAGGUGGAAUCUGAGUAACACAGUAGAAACAAGACAAUGGUGCAUUCUGACGAUGAAGAUUUGUCACUGGUCUCUUCUGGUUGCUCAUUCAGCUUCUACGAGUCACGGAUAUUUGUUCACGAGAUAGUCCUGGAUAGUUUUCACUUCAAGUAGUUACCCAAAUUUUUAUCAAGGGGAGCGGGAUUUUAAUCUGCUGCAAUUGGCAGAAGUCUACUUUCUAGAUAAUGUGUAGUUGCUUAUGUACACGGUCUGUUCGUGCACGUCUGAAGCACGACCAGAGAUAAAGACAAGAUCUGUAGUUUUUAAGUAAUGAUGGUCAACUUUUGUAAGUACUUUAGUAAAGUUUCCACUUCCACUUCCACUUG